ACACACAUUUUGAAGGAAUUAACUUCAUUUUCAAGGCAGGCGGCACCAAUCAAGUUUACAAACUUGUCUGCACGGGGUGUUUGCGAUGCCACGUCUUUAUUUGCUUGCUGAUUUUAUUGAACAUGUGACUGAAUUAGACGCUCACAUGGCUGCCGUGGCUGCAUGAUCCGCUUUAGUUUUUUAAAGUCCGGUGAUCGGUAGCUCCCUCGGCAGCGACCAUCCGGAGCAGAGGACCGCUGAAAAACACCAGCGCCUACCCGGACAAAUCAUGGCGAACAGCGGGCAGAAAGUUGUGCUGAUCACCGGCUGCUCCUCCGGCAUCGGGUUACGAAUCGCCGUAACGCUGGCCAAAGAUGAAAAGAAGCGUUACCAUGUUAUUGCCACCAUGCGGGACCUGAAGAAGAAGGACAAGCUAGUGGAAGCAGCAGGAGAUGCAUAUGGCAAGACCUUGAUGUUGCUCCCACUGGACGUGUGCAGCGACGAGUCGGUCAAGCAGUGCAUCAGUAAUGUCAAGGACCGUCAUAUUGAUAUCCUGAUCAACAAUGCAGGUGUGGGCUUGCUUGGACCUGUGGAAAGCAUCAGCAUCGAGGAGAUGAAGAGAGUGUUCGAGACCAACUUCUUUGGUGUGGUUCGCAUGAUCAAAGAAGUGAUGCCAGACAUGAAGAAGAGGCGUUCAGGACACAUCGUUGUUAUGAGCAGCGUCAUGGGUCUUCAGGGAGUGGUGUUCAAUGAUGUUUACACUGCCUCUAAGUUUGCCAUGGAAGGGUUCUGUGAGAGUAUGGCCGUACAACUGAUGAAGUUCAAUAUCCGGUUGUCCAUGAUUGAGCCUGGCCCAGUGCACACCGAGUUUGAGACCAAGAUGAUGGAGGAUGUGGCUAAGAUGGAGUAUCCGGGAGUAGAUGCAGACACAGUUCGUUAUUUUAAAGAUGUUUACCUGCCGUCAUCCAUAGAUAUUUUUGAAGCCAUGGGCCAGACACCGGAGGACAUAGCCAAAUGCACUAAAAAGGUUAUUGAGUCAAGCAGCCCUCGCUUUCGGAAUCUGACCAACAGCCUCUACACACCCAUUGUGGCCUUAAAGUAUGCAGAUGAGACUGGCGGCCUGUCUGUCAACACCUUCUACAACCUGCUCUUCAAUUUCGGCCCCCUCAUGCACAUAACCAUGAGCAUCCUCAAGUGCCUGACGUGCAGCUGCCUGCGUAGACGCACAAUCUCACCUAACUGAAGAGGGUGUCCAAUCCUGCCCUUUAACCUCACCCUCCCAGUUUGUUGACCCCAAUCAGUUCCCCGGUGUCUUUUCCUGAGGUUUUGGGCUAAGCAGGUAGACUAGAACCAGUAACCUGGAGAGGGGAGGUGCCUUUCAGUUCAAAGACACCACCAUGAUAAGCUUUGCCAGAAAACAUGCACAAUUGCACAAGUUUGUCACAGAGAUGUUGUAUGCAGAAUGACCUCAUGUGCUCUCACAGAAACAUGCAUACACAAAACAACAACACACACACAUCGGAUUAUUGUACAUACAUAUUAUAAAGAGGAGGCCACGCCUGAGUCAUUGCUAUAUGGGAGGGUCUGAGCAGAUAUAGUGUAAGUGGCCAGAUGUCUAUUUUGUUUGAACGAGAACACACACACACACAGAACAUGAGAUACAAGUCCCAUGGACAGACAACAAAGCACAAAAAAUGAACUCAGUUACAGAGAGGAAGAAUACCAUUAUAGAGAAAUAAUAAUGCUAUAACUUGUAGCUAGAUAACUGUACACUCAGGCUCACCAGAGUUAUAACAUGUAAGACAGAGUCAGAAAGAAUAUAUCUGCUUUUAUUGUGUUGUGCUCUUUAUUUCAUGUUUGCAUUAACAUAGUGUUCUCAUGGUCAUAACUGCUGUUGAAUCAUAUUUUUAAUCUUCUUUUGAUAAACUGAAUGUUUUUUGGGAUUUAAAGGUUUGUGAAGCGGUGGGUCAGAUAUUUUUAAUCCAGCAACUUGAUUUAGUAAUAAACAGAAUUCUGAUUUACCCUCAAA